AUGGGAUUGUUUGUCGUCCCGCCACGAUCAUACGGAGUGCUGCAGACGCCAGUCAUAAUUUCUCUGGUUGCUGCAAGUUCUGAUGAGGAAAUGUCAAAUCGACUUAACCUGUUCAGGGAGUGUCACCUCACUGCUUGGCAUACUGCGCAGCAGACGGGCCUGUACCGACAGAUCUACUCAAGUACGGUAUCUGUAUCAGCGAAUUCGAGAAGUACCGCGUUUGCUUCCGAACAUAUUUGA